GGGGUCUGAUACUCGAUACUACAAUCCGAUAAUACCUAUUUAGCCCGGGAGUCUCUGCAUGCAACGCAUCUCAGUCCCUUGUCUACAGAAUAAAGCUCAUAUCCCCGCAUUAUCUUCCCAAACUACACCCAUAUCCUGAUCUCGGACACGCAGUAUUGAUCAUCAUGUACUCCCCUCAAGUCGGCACUCUGGUCUCAGACCUCGACACGCCAUCCAUGAUCGUCGACCUGGACCUCGCCGAAGCCAACCUCAAGAAACUCAUGGACCAGCUCCUCCCCACAGGCCUGAACAUCCGCCCGCAUCUGAAAACAACCAAGAGCGCCAUCGUGGCCAAGAAGAUGGUCCAAGCAGGCGCCAAAGGAGGCUGCGUCGCUAAAGUGAGCGAAGCCGAAGCCAUCGCCGCAGCAGGGUUCCACGACCUCCUAAUCACCUGCGAGAUCGUUGGCCCGGCAAAGGUCAAGCGGCUGGUCGAGCUGUUCCGCAAGCACCGAUCGAUUCGCAUCGUCGUGGACAGCCACGUCGGCGCGACCGCUAUCAACAACGCCCUGUCUGCCUCAGGCAUCAAAGAUCCCAUCAACGUCCUGAUCGAUCUGGACGUGGGACUGCACCGGACGGGCGUGAAGCCUGGAGAUCCGGCUGUGGCGCUGGCGAGCCAUGUCGCGGGAUUGGAGCAUUUGAAGCUGAUCGGCGUGCAGGGCUACGAGGGCCAUCUGCAGCAUCUGCACGACAAGGAGGAUCGCAAAACGCAGUGUCUGGAGUCCAUGGCUGUUCUGACCGGCACGGCGGACUCGCUGCGCAAUGCAGGCCAUAACAUCGAGGUCGUGACGACCGGUGGCACGGGGACGGCGGAGUUCUGCGCCACCGUGCCGGGCGUGACGGAGCUACAGCCGGGAUCGUUCAUCUUCAUGGAUACGGACUACCGCAACGCCGUGGGGAGCUUUUACACGAAUAGUUUGACCAUUCUGUCGACGGUUGUGAGCAAGCAGGGGGAUCGGGCGGUUACUAUCGAUAGCGGAUUGAAGUCGUUGACAACGGAUAGUGGAUUGGCGGAGUGCAAGGAUCGUCGGUAUGAUUAUGGGGUUUUGGGUGAUGAGCAUGGCUCGCUGAUCUGGGAGGCUGGGACGCCGGAUCUUGAGGUUGGGGAUCGUGUGGAGAUGGUCCCGAGUCAUAUUGAUCCGACGGUGAAUUUGCAUGAUUUCUAUUAUGCUCAUCGCAAGGGCGUUGUGGAGGAGAUUUGGCCGGUGGAUUCGAGAGGGAAGGUUCAAUAGGCUCGCAGAUGGCUAUCGAUCUGAUGGUUCCAGCUGAUUGGAGGGGGAAAUAGACAGGUUUUCUCACUAGCUGCAUUAAAGCUAAUGUUAUAC